CGAUCUACUCCAGAAUAGCGCGCGGCGGAGGAGCAGCCACACGGAACCGUGGAGGAGCCUUUUCUCUCCCCGGCUCGUCUGGCCAAUGUUUCUGUAUUCAUGCGGCUUUUCCGUGGCCCGGAAUGAGCGCGGCGGAGGGGCGGAGCGGCGGCGGGAUGUCGGAGCUGCGGGAGAACCAGUGUUACGGGCUGUCCAGCGGCAAACUGAGCCGCGGCGCUAAUAUCUCCGUUUUUCACGUCAAACUCACUGACAGCGCGGCAAGAGCCAUCGGUACCUUCCAAAACGGCAAGGGCCAGUCCUCCAAUCCCACCAUCUGUUUCAGCGGCAGUCAAGGGAGAAUCACCAUCCCCUGCUCGGAGAAUCAAGACUUUAAGCGUUUUACUUUCAGCGUGACUAAUGUUGCUCGUGAUAAUCCACAUGGAAGCUUUGACUGCGUCCAACAGCUCAGCUCUGGCGCGGCCGAGGAGCUGUCAUGUCUCGGGGUGAUUCAGAAGAAGAUGACAGUCAACGCCACCGAUGACUCGUACGAUAAGGCCCGGCAGAGCAUGGCCCAGGCCGAGGAGGAGACGCGCAGCCGGGCGGCCAUCGUCAUCAAGCACGGCGGGCGCUACCAGGGCAAAAAGGUAACCGUUCGACCGCCGGGUCCGGCGCUGGCCGGCCUGACCAAGCCCAGACAUUCAUCCCAAGCCCUGCUGAGCAGCAUAAAGAGGGGAGCCGGCGCGGCCAAGCUCAAGAAGGGCGCCGGCGCAUCGCACAGGAAGAGCGUGGGUGAUGUGCAGGAGAGGCCUCUGAGAGAGAGGGUGACACACCUGCUGGCUCUGCGGCCCUACAAGAGACCGGAGCUGAUCCUCCGGCUGCAGAAAGACGGACUGAACGGAGGAGACAAAGACAUGCUGGACACUGUACUGAUGGAGGUCGGCCAGCUCAAUAGCAGGGACAACACGUUUGUUCUGAAGGACGGUCUCUAUAAAGAGCUGCGGAAGGACUGGCCGGGUUACACCUCAGGAGACCAGCAGCUCCUUAAACGCAUCCUUGUCAGGAGAUUGUUUCAGCCGCAGCAGAACCUGCUGGCCGUUCCCGAGGCCCAGGUCAGCCCACUGCGAGACACGCCCAACUCCUCACCAGCACACCGCCCCAGACCCUCCAUGCCAGAGGAAUACACAGAUCCCCUGGCCAAUAAGAAGCCCAGGAUAUCCCACUUGUCCAGCAAGGCAGCCGGUGACCGGUCCCGGCUGAGGCCGCCUGAACCUUCGGCGCAUAAAAACGCGGCGGAGUCGACGGCAGACGACGGCAAACGGAACUCGCUUGAUCGCAAAAAACUGUUGGACUCCUUGUCAGAAUUCUGUCAGCAGGAGGCUGAGGUGGCUGAAAGGUUAGAGCCGACUGUUACGGCAGCUCAGGAGGGACCCGCAAGCUCAGAAGUGGAAACUCAGCCGAGCUCCGAUCGCCCGCCGUCCCCUCUGAUAGUGCCCAGUGUCAACAAGCACUCCGUUAAAAGGAAGAAGAGCAAGCACAAAGAGCAUGAAAAGGGCAGGUUGAAAGAAAAGAGAGAGAAGAAAGGUGUUCACAGUCAUGAAGACGCAAACAGCAAGGUCUCUCUGGACUGUACAGAGCCAAGUGAAAAUUUAUUUGACUCCAAAGUGCUUCAAAUGGAAAGUGACACACAAGACUAUCUUUUGAAAUACACACAGAUCUGCAGCCACAGCCAGAGACAGAGCUACAAGCAGGACUUCAACAGCGAGUACAGCGAGUACCGGGAUCUGCACGCUCGCAUCGACAGCGUCACGCGGCAGUUCAUGGAGCUCGACACGCAGCUGAAACAGCUCCACCACGAAUCACAUAAGUACAAGGUUCGUAAUCAAAUUCUUCAAGAGUAUCGCAAAAUUAAAAAGUCCAACCCCAACUAUAGCCAGGACAAGCUUCGCUGUGAGUAUCUGCACAACAAGCUGGCCCACAUCAAGAAGCUCAUAUCGCAGUACGACCACCAGCAGCUCCGACUGGACGAUUCCGCUCCAAACUGACGAGCCUGACUUGGACACGAGCGAAUUUGUCGAGUACGAUGAGCUUCACCCGAGGCGGAGAAGGCUCACACUGCUGAGCUGCCGCGGAGCUGGACUCUGUGGUCUGCACAGCAAGUCUCACAGGAGCCGCUGUGGAUGCCAGCGAGGUU